AUGGUCCGAACUCGCUCCUCUAAUCCUGAAGUCGUUUUGCCUGACUUCACUACUCGAGUAACACCGCCCAGGCGUGAUAGAACUUCGAUCUCACUUCAUUCACGUUCAUCUUCGGAUUCUUCUUCCUCUCAAUCUUCGUUUCAUUCGGUUCCUGAUUUGGUUGCGAUGUCGGGCGACAAACAUCGUUCCGAUGCCAAUGUUCCGGGAUCGUUUCCGUCUGCUCUGGCGAAUCUUUCGUCUCUUUUCUCAUCCUCUCCUCGUCGAUCUAACGGCCGGACUCCUCCUUUGGAUCCGCAACCGAUGCGUCCUGCAAACUCGAGGAUCCAUUUUGCUGAAGACCAAAACGUCAGUCUGCCUCUUCCUCUUUCCUCGUCGGCCUCUCAACCUCCUCUGCCUUCGUCGUCGACUUUGAAAGCAGACGACCCACCUUCCUCUGGCGUCUUUGACGACUUGUCGUCCCCUCUGGCCAAAGGGAAGGAUCGUGUAGUGGAGGCCGAUUCACCUGGACCUUCGCCUCGUGUUCCGUCUAGUUUUCAAGAUGCGAAGGGGGAUUCGGGCGCCGUCGACGAUCUUCUUGCGCAGCUGCUUGGUGAUUCGCGGGUUAAAGGCAUGGACAACAGCAUGCUCAAGCUUCUCCUGUUAAAAAAUCUGAUGGCUGUUAACAACCAAACUAACCCGUUGAAUUCUUCGGCAUCUGUCGCAAGUCAACUGAAGUGGCAGUCUCUUGGUGCAAACGUCAAGCCGUCCUUGGCCGUCGAUGGUUCUAAUUUUCCCCUCUGGUCAGCCUCGCUGAAGGAUCUCGUGUUGGGCGUCACUCAAGUGGACAACUACUUCAAGCAUGAUCGUUUCGAGGAUGAUGUUCCCACGGCUCUCGGAGUACUGGCAGUGAUCAAGAAUUCCAUCGACGAGGCGCUAAGCUCUUCCCUCAACGGAAUGAACGCUUACGGGGCCUGGAUCUCCCUCUAUGAGCGAUUCUCCGGUCCCUCCUGGUCCCUCCUCCUCAGUCGUUGGUCUGACAUCGCGCAGGCCCCGGAUGCGUCAGACUCGAUCUCCUCUAGCUAUGAAUCUUUAAAGAGGAGCUUGUUGGAUAUGGAGGAGCGACUGGGGGGGUGGACAACAGAUAAGUUGUUGUCCUUAACUUUCAACUCCAGCAUCCAUCGCUAUCGAAAUCAAGUCGCUGACACCAUGGAUUCUUGA